UUUUUUUUGUUUGAUUAAAAGCACAUUGUCUUCUAUUCUUUUUUUUUAACUAGACAACCUCAACGAUCCGCCCAACAGGCAUAAAGAAAGACAACAACAAUAUAAAGUGGAGGAAUUAAAAAAAAAGAAAGACGAUAAAUAAAAAUGUCGAAAUUUAAUACACUUGAACGAGAGGAGAUGUUCCGUAAUCCCUCAAAUGAGAAGUUUGGAACUCCUUCAUUACAAGAAGUUGUUGCACCUCACCUUGAAUCCUUUAAUAGCAUUUCUGAAUUUGGUCUUGGACAACCAGGUUUAUUAGACUAUGCUAUUAAGGACAUUGGUACAUUUUCCGUAUUCGAUAAUGCGGACAAUGACAAGAAUUUAGAUCCAAAAGGUGUCUCACUUGGCAACAAGUUAACAUUUUGGCUUGAAGAUGUUAAGAUGCAUCAACCUAUGGUUAGUGAAAGAGAUACAACAACACUCAAAAGAAGAAUUUAUCCUACUGAAUGUCGUGAACGUUUAACUACAUAUCGUGGUAGACUUCAAGGCAAAAUCUGUUGGAAAGUGAAUAAUGGUCCUGUUCAGUCUGAAAACCGAGAAUUUGGUUUGAUCCCUAUUAUGGUUCGUUCUAAUCGUUGUAACCUUAGAGGAAUGUUCCCUAAAGAAUUAAUUGCUCAUCAUGAAGAAUCUGAAGAAAUGGGUGGUUAUUUUAUUGUAAACGGUAUUGAAAAGUUAAUUCGUCUCUUGAUUGUCCCACGUCGUAAUCAUGUUACUGCUAUCGUUCGUAAUUCAUUCCAAAAUCGUGGUCCUACUUACUCUACUUAUGGUUGUGCCAUUCGUUGUGCUCGUCGUGAUCAAACAACUUUAACGAAUACAAUUCAUUAUUUGACAGAUGGUAAUGUUAUGUUCCGUUUUGCCUGGCGUAAGCAAGAAUAUCUUUUACCUGCUGUUCUUGUCUUUAAGGCCUUAGUAGAUACAUCCGAUAAAGAAAUCUUUGAUGCUCUAUGCCAAGGCGAUCUUCAAAAUACAUUCUUAACUGAUCGUAUUGAAUUACUCUUGAGAUCCUUCAAAAUCUAUUCUCUCUUUACUCGUGAACAAUGCUUAAGUUACAUUGGUGAAAAGUUCAGAGUCAUUAUGAUGCUUGAUGAAGAUUUAACUGAUCAAGAAGUAGGUGAAGCACUUCUUAAGAAAGUCGUUUUUGUUCAUAUGGAUGACAAUCGUGAUAAAUUUAAUCUUUUGGCCUUCAUGAUUCGUAAACUUUACUCUGUUGUCUCUGGUGAAUGUGUUCCUGAUAAUCCAGAUGCUCCUCAACAUCAAGAAGUGCUUCUUGGCGGACACCUUUACAAUAUGAUUCUUAAAGAAAAGAUUUUUGAUUAUUUGAAUAGUAUUAGAAUGCAGAUCCGUAACGAUAUUAGAUUAAAUCCAUCCAAAGUUGACUUCUUUAACAAUACUUAUUUCCAGAAUGCUUGUCGUAAAUCAAAUCCAGAUAUUGGUCCCAAAUUAGCUUAUUUCUUAGCUACAGGUAAUCUUGUUAGUAAGACAGGUUUGGAUCUUCAACAAUUCUCUGGUUUCACUAUUGUUGCCGAAAAACUUAACUUUUUCCGUUAUUUAUCUCAUUUCCGUUGUAUCCAUCGUGGUGCUUUCUUUGCUGAGCUUAAAACAACAUCAGUUCGUAAGUUACUUCCUGAAGCCUGGGGUUUCCUUUGUCCUGUCCAUACUCCUGAUGGUGCACCAUGUGGUCUUUUGAACCAUUUAGCCCACAAAUGUAAGGUCAUCAACGAACCUCUUGAUGUUGCAAAUAUUCCUCGUCUUUUAACAGCCCUUGGUGUAUCUCAAAAUUUCCUUCACACUAUUAAUCGUCCUGGAGAUAUUGUUGUUAUGUUGGAUGGUAAGAUUAUUGGCUGGUGUACACCUGCUACUGCUGCUAAGGCAGCUGAGAGCUUAAAGGUAUGGAGAGUGAAUAAUGAAAACAAAGUUCCUUUCGAUCUUGAAAUUGCCAAUGUACCUAAAACUUAUGGUGGUGAAUAUCCUGGUCUUUAUCUAUUCUCUAGCCCGGCUCGUAUGAUGCGUCCCGUGAAAUAUCUUGGUAAUGGUAAGACUGAUAUGAUUGGUACCUUUGAACAAGUUUAUAUGGAUAUUGCCUGUAUGGAUGAUGAAGUUGUUCCUGGUGUAACUACUCAUCAAGAAAUUGCCCCCACUCAUAUUCUUAGUGUUGUUGCUAAUCAAACACCUUUCUCUGAUUUUAACCAAUCUCCUCGUAAUAUGUAUCAAUGUCAAAUGGGUAAGCAAACGAUGGGUACACCAUCUACUGUUAUCAAUCAUCGUACAGAUAAUAAGUUGUAUCGUAUCCAAUCUGCACAAACACCUGUUGUGAGAACCGAACUUUACAAUCAUUACGGUCUUGAUGGUUGGCCACAAGGUAAUAAUGCCAUUGUUGCUGUUAUUUCAUAUACUGGUUAUGAUAUGGAAGAUGCUAUGAUUUUGAACAAGUCAGCACAUGAGCGUGGUUUUGGUUAUGGUACAGUUUAUAAGGCAGAAACAAUUGAUCUCAACAGUAUGCGUUCUCGUGGUGAACCAAUUACAUAUAGAUUUGGUCUUGACCCUGUUAAAGGAAAGAAAUAUCGUAACAAGCUUGGAGAUGAUGGUUUGCCACACAUUGGUGCCCAUUUAGUAGCUGAUGAUCCUAUUUGUUCUUAUAUUGAUGAGUCUACAGGCAGAAAUAUCAUCAAGAAAUACAAGGGACCUGAAGAUGCCUAUGUUGAUGAAGUCCGUAUUUUAGGUGAUGAUUCAGGUAAUGGUGAGCUUCAAAAAGUUCAUAUCAAGCUUCGUAUCACACGUUCCCCCGUUAUUGGUGAUAAAUUCUCAUCUCGUCACGGACAAAAGGGUGUCUGUUCACAGAAAUAUCCAGCUAUUGAUAUGCCAUUUACAGAAUCAGGUAUGCAACCUGACAUUAUUAUUAACCCUCAUGCUUUCCCCUCUCGUAUGACAAUUGGUAUGUUUGUUGAGAGUAUUGCUGGUAAAGCAGGUGCUCUUCAUGGUAUUGCACAGGAUAGUACACCAUUUAAAUUCAAUGAACAAAACACAGCAGCUGAUUACUUUGGAGAACAAUUAAGAAAGGCUGGUUAUAACUAUUAUGGUAAUGAAGCAAUGUAUUCUGGUAUUACUGGUGAAGAAUUAAAGAUGGAUAUUUAUAUUGGUGUCGUAUAUUAUCAACGUCUUAGACACAUGGUGAAUGAUAAAUUCCAAGUCCGUACAACCGGUCCAGUACAUAACCUUACUAUGCAACCUGUUAAAGGUCGUAAGAGACAUGGUGGUAUUCGUCUCGGUGAAAUGGAACGUGAUUCAUUAAUUGCACAUGGUACAAGUUACAUUCUUCAAGAUCGUUUAAUGAACUGUUCAGAUUAUAGUCAAGCAUAUGUAUGUCGUCUUUGUGGAUCAUUAGCUUCACCCAUUUGUACCAAGAUAGUGUCAACUUUAGGCAAUCGUCGUACAUAUGAAUGUAAGACAUGUGGUACAGCAAAGGGCAUUGAUUUGAUUGCUAUUCCUUAUGUAUUCAGAUAUCUUACAACUGAAUUAAUGAGUAUGGGUAUUAAAUUAACUUUAGGCAUUAAACCUUAGAAUCUAUGUUAAAUAUUUUUGACUUGUUGUACAAUAAAUGCAUUUUCUUCUCUCUC